AUGACAACGAGGACACGAGUUUAUUCAGUUGCUAAAGUUUACGCUGAUGUCAACAACCAGAAGCCACUGGAAUAUUGGGAUUAUGAAAACCACAAGAUUGUUUGGGGAGAUAUCAAGAAUUACGAAAUUGUCAAUAAGAUUGGACGAGGCAAGUACUCUGAAGUAUUUCAAGGCUUGAAUGUUCUCAACGACGAGCCCUGUGUGAUCAAGGUAUUGAAGCCAGUGAAACUCAAAAAGAUAUAUCGAGAGGUGAAGAUCCUACAGAAUCUAACUGGUGGUCCAAAUAUUGUUGGAUUAUUAGAUGUUGUAAGGGAUGAACAGUCCAAGAUUCCAGCGUUGAUAUUCGAAAAGAUAAACAAUGUCGACUUUAGAGUUUUAUACCCCAAAUUCACAGUCAAGGAUAUCCAGUUUUAUUUCACACAGUUAUUGAUUGCGCUUGACUAUUCGCACUCGAUGGGUAUCAUCCAUCGUGAUGUGAAGCCGCAGAAUAUUAUGAUUGACCCGAUGGGCAAAAAACUUCGUUUGAUCGAUUGGGGAUUGGCGGAGUUUUACCACUCGGGAAUGGAUUAUAAUGUACGGGUGGCAUCUAGGUACCACAAGGGUCCUGAGCUAUUGAUUAAUUUGCAACAAUACGAUUACUCCCUUGACCUUUGGUCUGUAGGAUGUAUGCUUGGUGCCAUUAUUUUCAAGAAAGAGCCAUUGUUUAGGGGUGAUUCAAACAAUGAUCAGUUGGUUCAAAUCGCCAAAGUUUUGGGCACCGAAGGGUUGAUGAAAUAUGUGCACAAAUACGGGAUCAAACUAAGCUCAGAUUAUGAUGAUAUACUCGGGAACUAUUCGAGAAAACCAUGGAAAUCGUUUAUCAACAGCGAGAACCGACAUUUGAUAAGUGAAGAGGUGUUGGACUUGAUUGAUAAGUUGCUUACUUAUGAUCAUCAGCUUAGGCCAACGGCGAAGGAGGCUAUGGAUCAUCCAUUCUUUAAGUUAUAA